AUGGCCUGGAUUUGGGCAACCACCAUAUUAGCCAUCAUGUUCUUUUACAUCCUCCAACAUUAUUAUCUGCUAAAGAAAAGAAAACUUCCUCCUGGCCCAAUGGGUUUGCCGGUCGUAGGCCAUUUCCACCUUUUGGGCAAGAACCCGCACCACGAUCUGCACGGGCUGGCCCGAAAGCAUGGGCCCAUCAUGCACUUGCGGUUCGGGUCCGUCCCUACGAUCGUUGUCUCGUCGCCAGCCGCAGCCGAGCUCUUCCUCAAGACACACGACCUCGUUUUUGCCAAUAGGCCUCAUCACGAGGCCUCUACUUACCUUGGCUACCAACAAAGGAACAUCGUUUUUGGAAGGUACGGCCCUUACUGGCGCAACAUGCGAAAACUCUGCACCAUUGAACUAUUAAGCAACCUGAAAAUCAGUCAAUUUCAGCCAAUGAGAGAAGCCGAGCUCGGCCUCCUAGUACAUUCACUCAAGAAUGCCGUCGAAAACAAAGAAAUAGUCGACAUGAGUGCGAAGAUUAUGUCCUUAGGUGCCGACAUGACUUGCCUAAUGGUUUUCGGCAAGAAAUUUUCCGACCGGGAUUUGGACGUGAGAGGGUUCAAAGACGUGUUGAAAGAGACGAUGGAAGAGGCCUCGGCUUUUAACCUCGGCGAUUAUUUUCCUAGUCUCCGGAGGUUCGACCUUCAGGGCUCGGGUCGUAGGUUGAAAAAAUUGAGUGAGAUUUUCGACCGGUUUUUGGAAAGAAUCAUUGAUGAUCAUGUGAAGAAUAGAGAUGAGAAGAAAGAGACAAAAGAUUUCGUGGACACGAUGAUGGGGAUUAUGGAGUCCGGUGAAGCUGGAUUCGAAUUCGACCGACGACAUGUCAAGGCCGUGCUAUUGGAUAUGCUGCUAGCUGGAAUGGACACAUCAUCAGCAGCAGUUGAAUGGGCCCUGUCGGAUCUCAUCCGUCACCCAACCGUAAUGAAAAAGUUGCAAAGAGAGUUACACGAAACCGUGGGCAUGAACCGUAUGGUCGAAGAAUCCCAUCUCCCGAGCCUCAAGUACCUCCAUUGCGUCAUCAAAGAAUCAAUGCGGGUCCACCCGGUCGGCCCACUGCUAAUCCACGAGUCCAUGGAAGACCGUGAGGUUGACGGGUUUCACAUACCAAAAACCGCUCGGAUCUUGAUAAACGUGUGGGCCGUAGCAAGGGAUCCAAGUGCUUGGGAAAACCCGGAGAUAUUUUCGCCCGACAGGUUUCUUGGCAGCGAUGUGGAUGUUCGGGGACGAGACUUCAAGCUCAUACCUUUCGGUUCCGGGAGAAGGGGGUGCCCUGGGCUGCAAUUGGGCCUGACGAUAGUUCAACUGAUCGUAGCCCAAUUGGUUCAUUGCUUCGAUUGGGAACUUCCGAACGGGAUGUCGACUGGCGAGCUGGACAUGUCUGAAAAUUUCGGGUUGGUGACGGCGAGGGCUACACAUCUCAUGGCUAUACCUUCAUACAGAUUGCAUAAGUAA